AUGGAAUUCACUAUUUAUAAUGCAGGGAUAGAUAUAACUAGUAAUUUAUUUGGAGCAUGUUAUUAUGCCUGUGCAAUUCCUUUUGUAUAAUAAAAAAAUUAAGAGAGAGAAAAUCUAAAAGUAAUAUGGGCAAUUAUGAAGAAUUAAUUAGUGAAAAGAUUAAUGUAUGAAGUUAAACCAAGAAUUUUAUUAAUGAUUUUAUUGAGAAUGCAUAUUUCAUUAGAAGAAGGUUAAAUAAAGAUCAUAAAAGUUGAUAAUAUUUGUUGA